CGGCGUUUCUUGAGGACUGCCAGAAGGCAUGGGGAAAGACGCUCCUUGGCUGGGCCAGGGGUGCAACCUGUGGCACGAUUGAAGGAGUCACCUGUGACUCUUCAGGCAUGAUUACCUCGAUAGAUUUGACAAGUACAACUCUUGAUGGGUCUAUCCCUAAUAGCAUUUCCUCGCUCACUUCAUUGAAAACACUGGCCAUGUCUAAUUGUGGGCUCAAAGGGUCUAUUCCAGCUGAAAUUCUAAGCCUCGUUUCAUUAAAGAUCUUUAAUGUGACAAAUAAUCAGCUCACCGGACCCAUUCCAGCCGCAAUUGGAAAGCUCACCAAUCUGAACGAACUAUCUGUCAGAAAGAACGCAUUGAAUGGCUCCAUUCCUGACAGCAUCGUGUUUCUCAGCGGACUAAAUUUUUUGUCUCUUUCACACAACAACUUCACGGGCUCCAUUCCUAACCAGAUCUCCAAGAUUUCUUUUGUCGAUAAUCUGUCUUUUGCAAUGAACCGUUUGACGGGCCCCAUCCCCGACAGCAUAUCCAAGCUUGAUCAGCUUUCUUUUCUGAGUCUUGCAAGCAACAAUUUGACGGGCUCCAUUCCCAACGGCAUCUCCGAGCUUUCUAAGCUCACUUAUUUAAAUUUCUCAUCCAAUUCCCUCAUUGGCCCCAUAGUCGUCGACUUUGUUUCCCGUAAUCGCAUCGCCUAUCUAAAUUACGCUGCUAAUAACCUGAGUGGGUACAUUCCAGCUAGUAUUGAACAACAAACUGCAUUGGAGUGCUUGUCUCUUUCAAACAACAAUUUGACGGGUCCCAUUCCUGAUGGCAUCUCCAUGCUUGCUCAACUCACUUCUCUGUCUCUGUCGAACAACAUCUUGGCGGGUUCGAUUCCCAAUGGCAUCUCCAUGCUUUCUUGGCUCACUUAUCUGGAUCUCUCAUCCAAUUCCCUCAGUGGCAACAUAUUCAGUGACUUUGAAUUGCUUGAUCGCCUCAACUAUCUAAACCUUUCUGAUAAUGAUCUCAGCGGUGAGAUUCCAGCUGAGAUUGGAGGCUUCACUUUAUUGAAGUACUUUGACGUCUCUGGCACCAACCUCGUAUGCCCACCUGACUACUCCGCCUGUGGCACAACACAAUCUCCCAACGCAGCCUUUUGUGGCACAUGUCAAUCCUUCUGCAAGACUUGCUACCAAUCUGCAGGAGGUGCGGGUACAGUGUCAUUGGGCGCCAUCAUUGGCAUUGUUGUUGCCGCUAUGGUCAUUCUCCUACUUCUUGGUGCAACUCUGCUUUACUUCACACACAAGAUCAAGCUGAAACCACAAGGCUCGGGGAGCAGCCUGGCAUCCUCGCACUGCACCGAAUUCUCACUAGCAGAAGUCCUCAAGGCCACCAACGACUGGUCCGAGGACAACCAGCUGGGCUCGGGUGCCUUUGGCGAUGUGUACAAGGGUGUGUCUCCCCGCGAUGGCAUUACCAUGUGGGCUGUCAAGCGCGCCAAGCUGAUCGACGUGGACUUUCAGAAAGAGAUCCAGCAGAUGGCCGACAAGAACCAUCCCAACAUUGUGAAGCUCCUUGGAUUUGCGAUCGGAGGAGACUUGAGGACUCGGCCAGAGCAAGUUCUGAUCUAUGAAUAUGUGCCCAAUGGCGACCUUCACAGAUGGAUUGGUCCAA